AUGGAGUGUGCUGGGGAAUUUGGACUUGGAGGGCUUCUGGGCAUCCAGAGAGGUGUCUGCGAGGGGUGGACACAGAAACACUGCCUCUCGGACCUCGAAACUCUGCUGGAAACCGUGGAGAGUGAGCCUGCCAUCGGCGGGAGCAUCCCAGAGGAGCUGCACAAUCCUAUUGGGGGGAAAUCUUUAACAGGUGUUUGGGGCAGGGCCUCAGCCAGCAAGCCCCCCUCUUACCCUCUCCCCCAACUCAGGCCUUUGUCCCCCCCCCAGGAAGAGGAGAUCCCCGAGCUGGAGAUUGAUGUGGAUGAACUCCUGGACAUGGAGAGUGAUGAUACCCGGGCUGCCAGGGUCAAGGAGCUGCUGGUUGACUGUUACAAACCCACUGAGGCCUUCAUCUCUGGCCUGCUGGACAAGAUCCGGGGCAUGCAGAAGCUGAGCACACCCCAGAAGAAGUAAGGGUCCUCAACCCAGGUGAACGGUGGCUCCCACAGGACAAUCGCUGCCCCCUGACCUCGUAGCAACAGCAAUACCAAGGGGCCCUGCGGCCAGGCCUGGUGCCAUGAGCAGGGCUCCCUGUGCCCCUCACUUAGGGGCCUCUUCCCUGCCCCUUGUUUUCCAUUUUGGGGUUUUUUUAUUAUUAUUAAACUGAUGGGACUUUU